AUGAAGGGCGGAGUGAUUAUUUGUGCAAUUAUUAUCUGUGAAUUAAUAAAUGGAUUUACUGCAGCGCCGUUUGUUUUUCCUGGACCUUCAUCAGAUGAUUAUUCAGACUUUGGUGUACCUGAAGGGCGCGAAUUAUUUGGACAUAGAAAGCAUAACUUUCCAAGAGGUCAUGGCUGUCGAGGUCACGGCUGUCUCGGCAUUGGCUCAAGACCGAGACCGAGACCAAGACCAGACCACGGGGGUUAUUACCCGAACAAUAAUCAGGCUGGUACCUUCGCCACAGCAUCCGCAGGAUCUUCUGGAGCCAGCAAUAGCCAGGCGAAUGCUCAGAGCGCAAGUUUCAAUUUCGGACCUUUCUCGGCUUCUUUCAGCUCAGCUCAAGCAUCUUCUGGCAACCAGCUUCAGUUUUCUUCUUUCCUGAAGUAA